UUAGUGUGUCAUAAAGGGCUGUAACUCGCUCCGUAGACGUGUUUUGAUAAGAGAGAUUAAAGGUCAAAGUCUCUCUGGUUCCUUCACUCUGUCCCUCGUUGUGACGCAGAUGCUACCUCCGUGUUAAACUUUUGGUGUGGACUCUGCUAUGGAUCAGUGUGAGGACAGAGAGGAGAUGCAGCACCAGAGACCUGAACCAGAACCUGGACCUGAACCCAGCAGUGUGUCCAUGAAGAGUGACCGGUCUAUGGGUUUUCCUGAGAACUUUAAAGUUGGACAGCCUGGAUCUGGACCUGAACCCAGCUGUGUGUCCAUGAAGAGUGACCGGUCUAUGGGUUUUCCUGAUAACUUUAGAGUUGGACAGCCUGGAUCUGGACCUGAACCCAGCAAUGUGUCCAUGAAGAGUGACCGGUCUAUGGGUUUUCCUGAUAACUUUAGAGUUGGACAGCCUGGAUCUGGACCUGAACCCAGCAGUGUGUCCAUGAAGAGUGACUGGUCUAUGGGUUUUCCUGAUAACUUUAAAGUUGGACAAGCUGCUGAUGGAAGAGUUCAACAGGAGAGCUCAGAGGGCCUCAGUGGUCAGUCUGACCCACAGCAUCAAACAGAUCUGGAUUCCAUAUUUAUGCUGCUGGAGGAGAACAUCGUCACUUUUGUGAAAAAUGAGCUGAAGAAGAUCCAGAAGGUUCUGAGUCCAGAUUACCAAGAAUGCUUAGAGAGUCAGUGGGAGUAUAAGGGGCAGAGGAGGAGCAGCAGAGAGGAGUUUCUGAAUAUCACACUUAACUUCCUGAGAGGAAUGAAGCAGGAGGAGCUGGCUGACUGUCUGAAGAACAGAACCCAUGCUUCAGUGUUCCGACGUAAUCUGAAGUCUAACCUGAAGAAGAAGUUCCAGUGUGUGUUUGAGGGGAUCUCUAAAGCAGGAAACCCAACCCUUCUGAAUCAGAUCUACACAGAGCUCUACAUCACAGAGGGAGGGACUGCAGAGGUCAAUGAUGAACAUGAGGUCAGACAGAUUGAAACAGCAUCCAGGAAACCAGACAGACCAGAAACAACCAUCAGACAAGAAGACAUCUUUAAAGCCUCACCUGGAAGAGAAGAACCAAUCAGAACAGUGCUGACAAAGGGAGUGGCUGGCAUUGGGAAAACAGUCUUAACACAGAAGUUCACUCUGGACUGGGCUGAAGACAAAACCAACCAGGACAUCCACUUCACAUUUCCAUUCACUUUCAGAGAGCUGAAUGUGCUGAAAGAGAAAAAGUUCAGCUUGGUGGAACUUGUUCAUUACUUCUUUCCUGAAACCAAAGAAGCAGGAAUCUGCAGGUUUGAAGAGUUCCACGUUGUGUUCAUCUUUGACGGUCUGGAUGAGUGUCGACUUCCUCUGGACCUCCACAACACUGAGAUCCUGACUGAUGUCACAGAGUCCACCUCAGUGGAUGUGCUACUGACAAACCUCAUCAGGGGGAAUCUGCUUCCAUCUGCUCGCCUCUGGAUAACCACACGACCUGCAGCAGCCAAUCAGAUCCCUGCUGACUGUGUUGACAUGGUGACAGAGGUCAGAGGGUUCACUGACCCACAGAAGGAGGAGUACUUCAGGAAGAGAUUCAGAGAAGAGGAGAAGGCCAGCAGAAUCAUCUCCCACAUCAAGACAUCACGAAGCCUCCACAUCAUGUGCCACAUCCCAGUCUUCUGCUGGAUCUCUGCUACAGUUCUGGAUCUGUUGAAAACCAGAGAGGGAGGAGAGCUGCCCAAGACCCUGACUGAGAUGUACAUCCACUUCCUGGUGGUUCAGUCCAAAGUGAAGAACAUCAAGUAUGAUGGAGGAGCUGAGACAGAUCCACAGUGGAGCCCAGAGAGCAGGAAGAUGAUUGAGUCUCUGGGAAAACUGGCUUUUGAUCAGCUGCAGAAAGGAAACCUGAUCUUCUAUGACUCAGACCUGAUGGAGUGUGGCAUCGAUAUCAGAGCAGCCUCAGUGUACUCAGGAGUGUUCACAGAGGUCUUUAGAGAGGAGAGAGGACUGUACCAGGACAGGGUGUUCUGCUUCGUCCAUCUGAGUGUUCAGGAGUUUCUGGCUGCUCUUCAUGUCCAUCUGAUCUUCAUCAAGUCUGGAGUCAAUCUGAUGACAGGAGAACAAUCAACCUCGAGGCUGUUGAUUUUUCUUGGAAACAAACCUGAUUUCAAAAAUCUCUACCAGAGUGCUGUGGACAAGGCCUUACAGAGUCCAAACGGACACCUGGACUUGUUCCUCCGCUUCCUCCUGGGUCUUUCUCUGCAGACUAAUCAGACUCUCCUCACAGACCUGCUGACACAGACAGGAAGUAGCUCACAGACCAAUCAGGAAACAGUCGAAUACAUCAAGAAGAAGAUCAGUGAGGGUCUGUCUCCAGAGAGAAGCAUCAACCUGUUCCACUGUCUGAAUGAACUGAAUGAUCGUUCUCUAGUGGAGGAGAUCCAACAGUCCCUGAGAUCAGGACGUCUCUCCACAGAUACACUGUCUCCUGCUCAGUGGUCAGCUCUGGUCUUCAUCUUACUGUCAUCAGAAACAGAUCUGGAUGUGUUUGACCUGAAGAAAUACUUUGCUUCAGAGGAGGCUCUUCUGAGGCUGCUGCCAGUGGUCAAAGCCUCCAACAAAGCUCUGCUGAGUGGCUGUAACCUCUCAGAGAGAAGCUGUGAAGCUCUGUCCUCAGUCCUCAGCUCCCAGUCCUCUAGUCUGAGAGACCUGGACCUGAGUAAUAAUAACCUUCAGGAUUCUGGAGUGGAACAUUUUUCUGCUGGACUGAAGAGUCCACACUGCAGACUGGAAACUCUCAGUCUGUCAGGCUGUAUGAUCUCAGAGAGAAGCUGUGAAGCUCUGUCCUCAGUCCUCAGCUCCCAGUCCUCUAGUCUGAGAGACCUGGACCUGAAUAAGAACGACCUGCAGGACUCAGGAGUGAAGUGUUUUUGUGCUGGACUGAAGAGUCCACAUUGCAGACUGGAAACUCUCAGUCUGUCAGACUGUAUGAUCUCAGAGAGAAGCUGUGAAGCUCUGUCCUCAGUCCUCAGCUCCCAGUCCUGUAGUCUGAGAGACCUGGACCUGAGUAACAACGACCUGCAGAAUUCAGGAGUGAAGCGUUUUUCUGCUGGACUGAAGAGUCCACACUGCAGACUGGAAACUCUCAGUCUGUCAUACUGUAUGAUCUCAGAGGAAGGCUGUAUUUCUCUGGCCUCAGCUCUGACCUCCAACCCCUCCCAUCUGAGAGAGCUGGACCUGAGCUACAAUCAUCCAGGAGACUCAGGAGAGAAGCUUCUGACUGCUGGACUGAAGGAUCCACACUGGAGACUGGAGACUCUCAGGCUGGACCAUGGUGGACUGCAGAGACUGAGACCUGGUCUGAGGAAGUAUGUCUGUGAACUGGAACUGGACACAAACACAGUAAACAGAAGACUCAAACUGUCUGACAACAACAGGAAGGUGACAUAUGUGGAGGAGGAUCAGUCAUAUCCUGAUCAUCCAGACAGAUUUGACUCCUGUCUUCAGCUGCUGUGUAGAACUGCUCUGACUGGUCGCUGUUACUGGGAGGUCGAGUGGAGAGGAAGAGUUCAUAUAUCAGUGAGUUACAGAGGAAUCAGCAGGAGAGGAAACAGUACAGACUGUUGGUUUGGAAGGAAUGAUCAGUCCUGGAGUCUGAGCUGCUCUGGUGGUCAUUACUCUGUCUGGCACAAUAACAGAAGCACAGAGCUCUAUUCCUCCUCCUCCUCCUCUGGUAGAUUAGCAGUGUAUGUGGACUGUCCUGCUGGCUCUCUGUCCUUCUACAGAGUCUCCUCUGACACCCUCCUCCUCCUCCACACCUUCAACACCACAUUCACUCAACCUCUUUAUCCUGGGUUUGGGUUCUGGUAUCCUGGUUCCUCAGUGUCUCUGUGUCCUCUGCAGGUCUGAGAGUCUCUCCUGUGGACAGAAACUCUGCUGACUGAAAUCAAAGUUCAGUCUGUUCACCAUCACUCACACUCUGCACUGUGAAGCAGAUCUGUCUCAGACUCAAACACAAAACAUUCAUUUGUCUGAUUUCAUCUCUUUGAUGAUCCACAUUUUUCACUAGAAAC